GUUGUUGGGAGAAAAGGGAUGGGGUGACUCUGUAGGCAGGGGGACCCCUGGGGAGUCAGGUACCAGCCACCCCCUCCUUUUGCCCACCCCUGGAGGAAGCCCUCAACGCCCAGGCAGUCCGGUGGCGCUUUGGCCUCCUGACCCAGACUGCAGGGCGGAGGGAGCCCCGCCAGCCUGGCCACGCCGCCUGCAGCCUGGGGGUCGCUGCCCGCCGGCAGUUCGAGGCCUUCCCUGUCCAGAUAGGAUGAAAAGAGCAGCCGAGGGGGCAGCGCUUCAGGGCUGUAGGAGCGGCGGGAGAGGGACAGCGAGCCGAGGGGGACGGGCCCCCUUGGGGAACUGGCCGGGCUGCGCGGGCUGGGAAGAGGGGGCGGAGAGCUGGGAGCCGGCGGAGCGGCGGCCGGCGCAGCUGCCGCCCUGCAGUGUCUGGGCUGAGCCGGAGGGAGGCGGGGAGGGCCGCGCAGGGGCGGCUGCCACCGCCGCCAGGCCGCCGGGCCGAGAUGCGGCUGCCGCCCGAGCCGCGCUGACCGUCCAGGGCGGAAGAGGAGGAGGAGGAGGAAGGCUCCGAGCGAGCUGGUGGGGAUGCCGAGAAGCGGUCGAGGCCCCGCACCCCACGCCGACGAGCCGUCCGUGCGUCCGGCCCGCAGGGCGGCGAGCUAGGCGGCGCGGCGAGCGACCCAUGUCCGGCGCGGGCGAAGCCGUCGCUCCUCCGCCCCGGCGCGGGGCCGAGGCGGGCAGCGGCCGGCCGGGCGCCCCGGCCCCGGAAAAAUGUGAUAAAGAAAAUACUGAGAAAGAUGUAACUCAUGCUACCAAUAGCUGCUUUACACACGGAGAGACACAUGACCAGUCAACGUGGGGAAAUUGUUCAGAUGACAAACUUAUCCGAACCCAACCUCAGCGCUUGCCCCAGCUUCAAAUGUCAGCACAGGAACCAAGUGAGGAGGAAAUAGUGAAGAUAAAGAACAGCCACACAAGUCUGAGCAAUGGAAAUGGAAUUCACCAUGGAGCCAAACACGUAUCUGCAGAUAAUCGAAGACUUUCAGCGCCUGUUACUCAAAAAAUGCAUAGGAAACUUCAGUCCAGCUUGUCUGUAAACAGCGAUAUCAGUAAGAAGAGUAAAGUAAAUGCUGUCUUUUCCCAAAAGACAGGCUCUUCACCUGAAGAUUGCUGUGUCCACUGUAUCCUGGCCUGCCUUUUCUGUGAAUUCCUGACGCUCUGCAACAUUGUCCUGGGACGCGCUGCAUGUGGCAUCUGCACCUCAGAAGCCUGCUGCUGUUGCUGUGGGGAGGAGAUGGGGGACGACUGUAGCUGCCCUUGUGACAUGGACUGUGGCAUCAUGGAUGCCUGUUGUGAAUCAUCAGACUGUUUGGAAAUCUGUAUGGAAUGCUGUGGAAUUUGUUUCCCUUCAUAAAUAUUUAUCUUCUGUUUGUGUUAAAA